CCCUCCGUCCCCUCGAUCUCCGCAAAACCCAUUGAAUGUGAAAGGACCUUUUGACAGAUUGUCCCCGCCGUCAAUCCUACUCCGUCAUGUUUAAGCCCUCCAAGCCGAUGAUGGCGCGCUUGCGCCUGACCACGAAGCAAGUCAAUGGCGGUUACUACAAGGGAAACCGGACCGGCUCCAUGGGUUUCUUCGCAAAGAACGGAUCCUACGUGAUCGACUGGAAGAAAGUCCGCACAUACGUUGUUCCCGAUAAUUUGGAUCAAUUCAAGCUUACCCCGUUCGUCACGAAAGUCAUGAGCCCGACGCAGUCCAAGUACACCCGCGAACUGGUGAAAAAUGACAGAGUCAUCACGGUGGAGCGUGCUCUCGAGGGCAAGGACUACUUGGAUAUGUGGGCGCUGGACAACGGUCCGGAGGUUCUCGAGCAGGAGCGCCUAGACGCCGCGCUCGAGAAAAAGGAGCAGCGCCGAGCCAAGAAGGAGGCUAAACUUGCGGAGGAGCGUGAAAAGGCCAAGAAGGCUGCUCGCCGGGCUGAGUACAAGAAGGUCAGAGCGGAGGAGGAUGCCAUUCUUGCCGCAAGGCUCCAGGAAGAGGCGGCAGCUGCGGAGGCCGAGACGGCCAAGUCGACGACACCAUGAGAUACUCAUCCCUGGAAAGAAACACGUUCAUACUGGGGCAACACCCUCACUGCUUCCGGCAGUCGCUUCCCCCUCUCUUAACGACAAUGGCGAUUACCGGGUUGAUGUGGCAGUCACUGUUGGGGACGUUCCAGCCUGUCCAGAAUUCAGCGUCUGGUUUGUACUGGUUGUAUCAUAUGUAUAGUGUUUGUUUGUGGUGCUGAAAGGCGGGUGACAUCGUUCGUUUGGACGAUAUACUUGGCUAGGGCGCAGAGGGGAUGACAGGUCCUUAGUACCUUACUGGGUUAGCAUUUCAUCGAUGCAUGUAUUGGUUUUGGGGCGUCUCUUGGGCUUUUUCUGCAGUUCAGCAAACGAUCAUAUAGUCUUGCUUUGUUCAAAUACAUGGACUCUCAUAACUGAGUCAAAU